AUGUCGUCACGAAGCCUGAGUUUCCAAAUGGAGCCUGGUGGGUCUACCACCAUCAUCACUUCCAAUGGGACGAGCGAAUUCAUGCCUCUCUUUCCUCACGAAAGCUCACUUGAGCUUGGAGGAUGGAAGCUGCAAGACUAUGGAGAGCGGUGGCACUACGUUUUUGUGUUCCCUGCGGAGACGGAAGAUGCGAAGAAUGCCGAUUACUGGACUUCGGAGAUGCCAGAUGCUUCCGGAGCCUGGGACAGGAUCUUCACUCAGCAGUACAACACUGCUCAGAUGGACUUCCUCAAACCGAUGACGAGGAGAGAAUUUCACAAUGUCGUUCGAGAGCAGCUAGUUGAACUCCUGUCUGGCCCGAUCUGUGCCUUCAGAUCCCACGAGUUUAGGAGCAUUGAUGGAGAUGAGCAAUUCUUGCUCAUUGCGUUGGAUAAUCCUGAGGUCAUAAAGGAGGUUGCCAAAGAGGAAGAGUUUCCUGCGAUGCUCCUUACAUCAGCCUACAAGAAGUACAACUGUCCCACUGACUUGGCAGAAGGUGGCGGCAUGUUCCGCGCGAAGAAAUAUGGCGAGCACAUUGACGGGACUAUGCACACCAACCACUAUCCGGGCUACGUCCGCUUUUCUGAGCACAAUCAGAAUCUCCUAGCCCAAUGGAACCAGGAGGAGCUCAUUAGAUUGGUGCGAAGGCGCAUGAAAAAGUUCGUGCGGCUUCAAUCGCUGAUCUCAGAAGGCGUAGCGAAGCAAAUCUUCUGCGCUCAUCACUGGCAAGAUCUCUCCACAUUUCGGAACAAACUAGGCUGGAAUGAUCCUUACUAUGUGCUGCAGUGGCCCACGGAAGAACUCCCUGAUUGCAUUCAGGUUUACUUUGGACCUGACAUCGCCUUCUUUUUUCACUGGUUCAAUGCGUACACGCGUUGGUUGCUGCUUCCUGCAGCUCUUUGCAUACCCAUUUGGUUGGAAGAGCAAGUUUCCGUGAGGAACGGGACUGAAGAAGAGAAGUGGUGGUUGUAUGUAUGUUUCUCCAUAUUGUUGGGUCUUUGGUCUACUGCAUUUCUGUCCAGGUACAAGCACAACAAAAACCUGAAGGUCCUGAAAUGGGGUAUGCAGAACUAUGAAGAAGCUGUUGCCGAAGUCCGCAGGAAUUUCAAGGACAAGUACAGAGACACCUGGGCGGAAUGGCUCCAAAACGCUUUCCACUGGAUGCUUUGUGCGCUCUUCAUGCUGGAGACUGUUCUUGUGACUUUCUUUGUGAGCACCUGGCGGAGAAAAGCACUUGAAGAACCACUCGGCACAUUCUUUGGCAUCGAGAACACAAAGGCACGCCUCUAUGGCAAGACUGCUGUCACGGUCAACAUCAAGAUAAUCGACUAUCUUUGGACAGCGCUCUCCACCAGGCUCUCCAACAUGGAGAACUGGAGGACACGCGGAGAACUCUUGAACAAGAUGUCUGAAAAACUGUUUGCGGUAAAGUUUGUGGUGUUUUACUAUCCGUUCCUGUACACAAUCUUGAUCAAACCCUACGUGAGCGAUGACAGCAUUCAAGUUUGCUUCGAGGCGCUUAGCGGUGACUUGAAACUGUUCUUCUUCACACAGAUCUUUGUGGAGGUGCUGGUUUUGUUUGUCUACGUUGGUCGAGCUUGGCUCAAGGUCUUCUUGGAGAUCCGCAAGACCAAGAGUAAAAGCUCCAACAAGCAGUACACCUACCUUGAAUAUCAGGCAAAGUGUGCUGAAUAUUCAGACAUCGAUUUCAUUUGUGAUGUGGAGCUUCAAGUCAUGAACUAUGGAUUCCUUGUAUUGUUUGGAGUUUGCUUGCCCUAUGUGUGCUUCAUAUGUUUCUUUGUGAAUUUCCCGUUCAAGCGAAUGCUUGCGUAUAAGCUUUCGUACAUCUAUCAAAGACCAAGCCCGUUUGGUGCAGAGGGGAUUGGAGCUGGGGAGGAGAUGAUCACGGUUCUGUCUUGGCUGGGUGUUGUCUUCAACGCCUAUUUGGUCAUUUUUGUUUCGCCUCUGUGUGAACACAUGAGCUUUGGAACAAAAAUGUGUUACUUCGUUGCUGCCGAGCAUUGCUUGCUCGUUUUGAAAGUGGUCAUUGAUGCUGCGCUGGGCCCAAAGAGCAUGGCACAGCGCCGCAUCGAAGAGCACCAGGACAGGGUCAUUGAGCGGAUUCUGCAAGAGAACAGCAAGACGGAGAAAACUGGCCACUUGAAGGUAAGAACGCUCUCCCAGCGGUCACUGCAGUCCACAAACAUAGGAGACGCCACGAUGAUGACAUGUCCUAGUUUCAGGGGCUUUAGUUGUGGUUCGUUCUGAGGUGGCCUAAAUGUGGCCUGCCCUAAACCACAGCAUUUAGCUCUACGACAUCAUUUUUUUUUCAGAAAAUGGGGACAAGUCCCAGAAGAGUUCAAACAAUUUCAAUUUCGCACUUGUGCAAUUGAUGGAAUGUUUCACAGAAGCAGAGCAAAUGCUUUGUUCUCUCUUGUUCUCUCCGGAGUUUUUUUGCGAGUUGGAUUACUUUUGCGCAGUUCACUGCUAAAA